AUGAAGCGUCGGUUGCACGACCUCAACGGCCUAUCUCCCACAUCGGCCAGGUCCUCCCAGAAGCAGUGGGUCGCGGAGGUUCUGGAGAGCCGAGCGGUUGAGUUUCUCAUCGUGUUCUUCGUGAUGGUGGACGCGGUGUUGGUGCUGAUUGAGGCGGGCGUGCAGGAUCAUCUGUUUUGCGUCGGAGGGAGGGUGGCCGUGUGCCCUCCUGCGGCCGCUCUGGUCGAGAGGGCGGCCAUGGCGCAGACGUGGCCUCCGCAGGGCGCUGUGCAAAGUGGCCUGGCGCCGAGCGUGGGGCGGCGGGCAGGGCUCCGGACCGGGAUGCUGGCGGCCGGCCAGGAUUGGCAGCUCAGCCAGCCGCACCCUUCCGAGCACGUCCCUUACCACGUCCCGCAUUCUUCUGGCUCUUCUGGGCACGCCUCGGGCCACGGGGCCGACGAAGGCGGCCUCUGCCCGCAUCCCGGCGAACAGAUCCUCGUGUGCGACACGAAGGACGGCCACAAUGCCCGGCACUUGACGCACGUCUGCCACGUAAUGAGUGUCUCGAUAUUGUGCGCCUUUGUCGUGGAGCUCUCCCUCAAAUGGUGGUCCAACCCCCAGGAGUUUACCUCGAACUUCUACCACAAACUCGACCUCGCCGUGACCGUCGUCUCCCUGCUGAUGGACACGGUGGUGUACGCGGCGAUAGAGAGCUACAGGGCCAGGGGCCAUGAACGUCGAGGGGAGGAGGCCGAAAUAUCUCUGUUCGUGUUGACCGCGCUGCUUAUUCUGGCACGGACGUGGCGCAUCAUCCGGAUCUGCCACGGAAUCUUCGAGGAGUUCCACAUAGUCGUGGACGAGGAGGUCGCGCGGCUCGAGGAGGCGAGGGCAUCGAGCGGCGCAGGGCUCGAGGGCGCGGACAGCUGCAAGGCCGGCGGGCCGACCGCCGCGAGGCCAGCGGACUGA